UUUAUUGGCUACCGCUAUCAUGCCUGUUUCCGCUGAACGUCGCGCUGAGCUGCGCCAGGCUCUGACCAAGCUGUACGACGAGGUGCCCUGCAACCCCAUCAUGGUGCGUCUGGGCUGGCACGACGCUGGCACCUACGACGCCGAGUCCAAGACUGGUGGCGCCAACGCUAGCAUCCGCUUCGACCCCGAGGUCACGCACGGCGCCAACGCUGGUCUGAAGUGGGCCAUUGAAAAGCUGCAGCCCAUCAAGGACCAGUUCCCCGACAUCUCCUACGCGGACCUUUACCAGUAUGCUUCCAUCACGGCCAUUGCCCAUGCUGGUGGCCCCAAGAUUCCCUUCCGUUUCGGCCGCCCCGAUGCCAAGGACGAGGACUGCACUCCCGACGGCCGUCUCCCCGACGCCAACAAGGGCGCCAGCCACCUUCGUGGUGAUGUUUUCCACCGCAUGGGCCUGACGGACAAGGACAUUGUGGCGCUCUCUGGUGCCCAUGCCUUGGGCCGUGGUCAUAAGGACCGCUCUGGCUUUGAGGGCCCCUGGACCUCGGAGCCCCUCAAGUUUGACAACGAGUACUUCUCCAACGUCCUCGCUCCCAAGGACGACCUGCUCUGCCUCCCCUCGGACAAGGCCCUUGCUUCGGACCCCGAGUUCCGUCCCUUUGUCGAGAAGUACGCCACGGACAAGGAUGCCUUCUUUGCCGACUACGCCGUCUCACACCAGAAGCUCAGCGAGCUCGGUGUCAAGUGGACCGACAGCGCCGAUGCCGAGGCCACCACCGACUAA